CAGUCCUCUCUCUUCUUUGGACCCCAGCUGACCAGUAAGAACUUAGAGAGAGAAAGCUUGUACGUUAUUUUUGUAUAUAUAAACUUCACAUCUCAUUUUUUAGAGAGAGAAGAUCAAAACCAGAAACUGAAAAGCUUUUUCCAAAUUGCAAAUCCUCAAACUCAUUAACUCUUUGUUUUCUUCUCAGUAUCGUUUUCUUGUCAGCUUAAGUACUUUAUCCCGCUUUUUCUUCUCAUUAUUUUGGUCUGGAAAUUGCCGUUGGAACUCCUAAAGCUACCGGUCUUGGUCUCGCCGAUCUGACUCACUGAGUUCGUCUUUUCGGAACUCCGUCAUUUCGUCGAUGAGUUAGAGAAGAAGAUCGAUACAACGCAAUCGUCAUGGCUGCACCAGUUAACAUUAUUGUGGGCUCUCAUGUAUGGGUUGAAGAUCCGGUGGAGGCAUGGAUUGAUGGAGAGGUUUUUAAAAUCAAUGGUGAAGAAGUUCAUGUUCAAGCAACAAAUGGAAAAACAGUUGUCGCAGAUAUCUCAAAAGUAUUUCCAAAAGAUACUGAAGCAUCACCUGGAGGUGUAGAUGACAUGACAAAGCUAUCGUAUUUGCAUGAACCAGGGGUUCUGCAUAACUUGGCUACGAGAUAUGAACUUAACGAGAUCUAUACUUACACUGGCAAUAUCCUGAUUGCCAUAAACCCAUUUCAAAGAUUGCCACAUUUGUAUGAUACUCACAUGAUGGAACAAUAUAAAGGAGCCCAAUUCGGAGAGCUUAGUCCUCAUGUUUUUGCUGUAGCCGAUGUUGCAUAUAGGGCAAUGAUUAAUGAGGGAAGGAGCAACUCGAUUUUGGUUAGUGGAGAAAGUGGUGCCGGUAAGACCGAGACAACAAAGAUGCUCAUGAGAUAUCUUGCUUACCUGGGUGGCCGAUCUGGAGUAGAGGGACGAACAGUUGAACAACAAGUUCUGGAAUCAAAUCCAGUUCUUGAAGCUUUUGGCAAUGCCAAAACUGUUAGGAACAACAACUCAAG